CCUUUCCAGCACCUCUUACAUCAUCAGUGCACGACCCGCGGCACCGUCGCUGUGUGAUGAUGCGGGCGCUUUGUUGAUUGACGGCUGGAUGGAAGCUCGGCGCAGCUAGCUAUGUCUGAUCCGGGGAUGGAGGGGACCGGGGAGCUGCACACUUCUGGUGGGGACCCGCUAUCCCUGCCCUGGGACCGCUUCUCCUCCUGGCUGCACUGUAUCUGUGUGGUGGGCUUCGACCUGGAAUUGGGCCAGACAGUAGAGGCUUUGUAUCCCCCACAUGCCAAGCUAACAGACAAGGAGAAAACCAGCAUAUGUUACCUGUCGUUCCCGGAUUCAAACUCUGGCUGCCUGGGAGACACACAGUUUUGCUUCAGAUUUCGUCAAUCAAUUGGCAGGAAAUCGUCCUUACACUGUGUCUUGGAUCAGACAGACAGAGAUUCACCAGUUUAUUUAAAGAAAGAUCCAUCCUGUUUCUAUGGUUACGUUUAUUUCCGACAAGUCCGUGACAAGUCUUUGAAAAGAGGCUAUUUUCAAAAGUCCUUAGUUUUGAUCAGUAAGCUGCCAUACAUCAACUUCUUCCACACUGUGGUAAAGCAGAUUGCCCCUGAGUACUUUGAGAGGAGUGACCCGUGCUUGGAAGCAGCUUGUAGUGACGUAGACCGAUGGCCACCUCCUGUGCCAGGAAAAACUCUGCACCUGCCAAUUAUGGGACUUGUAGUAAAGGUGCGGAUUCCAACGCGACAUGACAAGCCAGGGACAAUACAACUGGUGGACAUGACACCGCAGACAGACGCACAAAUCUCUGUGUCAUUACCGACAAUACAUGAAGUUGAUCUAUUCAGGUGCUUCUCCCCAGUCUUCUUCCACAUCCAGCUGCUCUGGGAACUCGUCUUAUUGGGAGAACCUCUUGUGGUCAUGGCUCCGUCACCAUCACAGUCUUCAGAGACCGUACUGGCUCUUGUAGGAUGUAUUUCUCCAUUAAAAUACUGCAGUGAUUUCAGACCGUACUUCACGAUCCACGAUGCUGAAUUCAAGGAGUAUACAACCCGCACACAGGCACCGCCAUCUGUUAUCUUUGGUGUUACCAAUCCGUUCUUUGCUAAAACAUUGCAGCACUGGCCUCAUAUCAUCCGCAUCGGAGAUGUGAAACUGGCAGGAGAUGUUCCCAAACAGGUGAAGGUGAAAAAACUGAAAACACUAAAGACAUUGGACUCUAAGCCUGGCGUUUAUAGCUCAUAUAAGCCAUAUCUGAACAAAGAUGAAGAGAUCAUAAAACAGCUACAGAAGGGUGUUCAGCAGAAACGUCCGACAGAAGCCCAGAACGCCAUUCUCCGGCGCCAUUUCUUGGAGCUGACGCAGAGCUUCAUCAUUCCUUUAGAGCGUUAUGUGGCCAGCCUGAUGCCCCUGCUGAAGAGUAUCUCUGCAUGGAAGAGUCCUCCACAGCUGAAGCCCUUCAGUCAGGAGGAGUUUAUGAAAACACUGGAGAAGACCGGGCCUCAGCUUACCUCUCGGUUAAAAGGAGACUGGAUCGGCCUAUACAGGCACUUUUUGCGGUCACCAAACUUUGACGGAUGGUUCAGAGCUCGCAGAAAAGAAAUGAUGCAGAAACUAGAAGCUCUUCAGCUUGAAGCACUUUGUAACGAGGAUUUGCUAAUCUGGGUUCAGAAACACAGUGAAGUAGAAGCUGUUGAUCUGGUUUUAAAGCUUAAAAACAAACUGGCUCUGACACAGAGAGAACAACUGCCCGUCAAUGUGGACACACUGCAGAGGCUACAAAGGCAGGUGGAUACUAUCUUACAGGAACUGCCUGAAGACCUGCAGGACAUCUUACUCAAAACCACAAACUCGUGACACACAUGAGCAAAGUACAAAGAGCUCCACAAGCCACUUGCGUGCAACACAGCCCCGGCAAUGCAAUGUUCAGUUUUCCCAUACUGACUUUUUGUAAUAUGAUUGUAGGUCAGGACUUUGCAAAGUCUCCGCAGGGUGUAGAUUUGUAAUGUUGUGCCGUGCAAAUAAGUCUAGAUUUACAGUCUGCUCCCUAGCAGCCUUGUCCUGCUAGCCAGGCAUACCCUCAAAUCCACUGCGUCACAUCAAUGACAUCAUUAGCAGUUAGAAAGAAAAGAACUUCAAACUGGUAUCGAUAUCGGUGGAGUCCACAAUGGUGUGGAUAUUCAGGACCUCCAGUUACCCUAGUGAUAAUACCGAUACCAGUUUUUGUUUUGUAAUUGCUGCUAAAUAAAAACAGUUGAACUUAUGAUACUUAGGAAUUCUAGACUUGAGUUGUGUGCAGGUUUGUGAGUAGACACAAUGGCUUUUUUUGUCUUCUCAGGUCCUGUAUCUCAAGCUCUUGUCUCUUGCUUUGUGGGGGUAAUUCCAAGUUGAUCGCAGCAG